AUGGCGCAGUUCAUGCGGGAUCCGGCCGUGAUCGACGCUGACAUCAUCGCCAUUCAAGAGCCCUGGAAGAACCCAUUCAGCAACACAACCCACCACCCAGCAAAGGACACCCACGAGCUGCUUUACCCGGAUAUAGGGGACGGGGAGGAAAGGACCAUGUUCUGUAUGUUCGUAUCCAAGAAGCUCACCGGAUGGAUACACACCGUGCACAACCGAGACGUGCAGGAACUCAGUAUCACGACGUCAACGGGCAACCUGCGCAUAUUAAACAUCUACAACGAUAUGAACACCCACACAGCACUCCGGUUGCUGCCGGCACUGCUACCAGAGGACCCGGACGAUUCGAAAUUUAUGAUACUGGGUGACUUCAACCUCCACCAUCCGUGGGAUACUCGAUCCGAAUCAACAAUCGACCUCGUGCUGGUCUCCACGGCGAUGCGGACCCGGAUGAUCAGCUGCGAGGUCCAGAUGAAGGUCCAUGCGGACUCAGACCACUUCCCAAUCCACUCCCUCGUCGAUGUCGAUACGCAGGUGGCCGAGGACCCGGUGCUACGCCGCAAUUGGAAGGCGAUGGACGAGCCAAAACUGGUCCAAUUCGUGAACGAUAACCUUCAAUCGUGGCACCCUACCCCAGGCAAUACGCAACAAAUCGAACACGACACAGAGCGCCUGUUACAAAUCGUACAGCAGGGCAUCCAGGCCGCAGCUGUUCCGAGAGAUCAGCAAAGCACGAACCGAGGAGGAGAGACAGGAGAAACACCAGGUAUACGCGGCGGUUCGGAACCACAAGGUCGAACCAUCAAGAAGGCACUCAGCCUGGGCUUCCGGCGGUGGGUUCGCAAGGCGAGCGAGACCAAAGGAGGACUCUGGAAGCUCUCCAAAUGGGCUCGCAACCGGCAGCAAGCCACCAGUGGUGUGAUUCCCCCGUUGAAGGGUCCCGAUAGCAACACAAGUGCUACCAGUGAUGCGGAGAAGGUGGAGCUUCUCCGCAAAACCUUCUUUCCACUACCACCGGAGGCUGACCUAUCGGACCUCGCCCCGGGCUGUCACGUCCACUACAAGCCAACAAUCGAAUUCCCCAAUAUAACAGAACAGGAAGUCCGUGAUGCUAUUCACAGAGCGCCAUUGGACAAGGCCCCAGGCGAGGAUACCAUCCCUAACCGCGUGUGGAAGAUCCUAGCGGCGAACUGCGGCAAUUUUGUCCCAAUCGUCACCAGGAUAUUCGAUGCGUGUAUGCGAACGGGAUACAACCCUGGGUGCUUCCAGGCCUCAGUCACAGUAACGCUACGGAAGGGUGGCCCCCGGGACUUUCGACUACCGAAGUCCUACCGGCCAGUUGCCCUGAUCAACACGAUAGCGAAACUCCUGGAAUCGAUCAUCGCCACGCGGAUCUCUGACGCGGUGGAACAGCACCAAUUGCUACCGGUGACGCACCUCGGCGGCCGGAAGGGUAUCUCCAUUGAUCAUGUUAUACAGCUAAUCAUGGACCGGGCUCACCGGGCCUGGGGCCGAGGCCGCCAAGCCUCUAUGGCAUCCCGCAAGGAUCACCGCUAUCCCCGAUCCUCUUCCUGCUAUUCAACCCCCCCCCUGGUCAAGACCUGCUGUAAGGAAAUUGGGGAUGGUGUAACCGAAGGCUUUGGAUGGGUAGACGACGUGGCAAUCGUGGUGGUUUCUGAAUCCUACUAUACCAAUACGCAACUGCUACAGAAGACCCUGGGCCGAGCUGACCUCUGGGCAAAACGGCAUGCAUCCAAAUUCGCUCCGAAUAAGUUCGAGCUCAUCCACUUCAAGAACCCACGAGCACAAGAUAUCAACCAAGAUGGUCCGAAUCCCCUCAAUACGGCCACCAGCAUCCCCUCCGACGUUGAUCCCUACGAUUUCGAUGCCUGCCAUCCGCAGGGCAACGAUCAGAUGCCGGUAGCUGUUCCUGACGGAGGCCAAAUUAAACCAUCUCAUCACGCCACAUAUCUAGAAAUCUGGCACGACAAAGCCCUCUCAUUUCAAAAGCACCGGGACUACGCUAUCGCCAAGGCCAAUGGUAGUUUGGAGGCCCUCCGGGGCAUCACGGGGUCCACGUGGGGUGUCUCCUUGCUCAGCAUGCGUAAGGUGUACCAAGCCGUGGUCAUCCCCCAGCUAUUAUAUGGGCUCGCAGCAUGGUAUGGUCCGGCUACAGGAAGCCUCAAAGCCUGGGAGCGGAACCGGGUGGUGGCAGCGUUCGUACGCGUGCAGAAGCGUGCCGCAAUCGCCAUCAGCGGCGCGUUCAAAGGGGUUAGUGGUGCCCUGCUGGACGUAGAACUCUACAUCCUGCCAAUCCAUCUACAGAUGCAACAAAAUAUUGAAGAAACCGCCAUUCGAAUCCAAACAAGCCCAACGUUGGCCCAACCAAUGACCCUCCAGUACCAACGACAGCCGAAGCAACGCCGGCUCGGGGGCUGGAGCCCGAUUGAAGCCCUCCGAUGGAAGAAGAAUGAAGUCCUGAAUACGCUCACGCCCCCGGAAGGGGUCUGGGAGACCCGCCACGCGGGCAUCCUACGGCCCUGGGAGCCCCGGAUCACAUGUAUUAUCGGGGACAAUGCGGAAGCAGCCAUUGCUACACACGAUCGUAUCCAGAAUGAGCUACUGGAUUGGGAACUAGAGUCCCGGGUGGAGCCGCACCUCCGAACGUAUCAGAUACCGGAGCAACCACCAAUAGAGAUCUUCUUUACUGACGGCAGUGGCUACCAGGGUCACGUUGGUGCAGCCGCAGUCUCGCUCCGCCCAAUGGGAGCCAAGGGAAGCCUCUAUCUGAAUCGGUAUCUGGGAACUACCGACGACUCAACAGUGUAUGUGGGGGAAUUGAACGGAGUGGAGAUGGCUCUCGCCGCGUUCAUAACGGGAAUAGGGACAGACCAGCCCACAAAGCUGGUUAUCUUCUCUGACAGUCAAGCCGCCAUUCAAGCAAUUGCUAACCCAAAGCGAUCGUCGGGCCAAUAUGUGCUCGCUCAAAUUUAUGACCACAUACGAACCCUCCGAUCGCUGACACCCACAUGCAGCCCGAUUCCCACUGCCAUUGAGAUCCACUGGAUCCCCGCACAUGUGGGUGUACCGGGCAACGAGGCGGCCGACGUUGAAGCUAAGUUUGCGGCAGAGAGCGGGGGUGGGGCGGACUAUCGUGGUGCCGAGGUCCGAUUAGCCUCAUCCGCGCGAGGCUGGGUGCGGCAGCGGAUCGGAUUGCGACACUUUCUGUUCAAACACGCCAAUCAACGAGGAGGGGAGGAAGACCAAUUCAACAAGGGCCGGUGUCUCUGCGACGAGGGUAGUCAGACCCCGCGACAUAUCCUCUUGCAGUGCCCGUUAUACACUAGCCUACGGGAAACCAUGUUGAACAAGAUCUGGUACAAAACCGAUCUGGGGCGGACAACCGAUUACAACACCAUUGUAUCGGACUCGCAGGCCAUUCGCUACGUGGCCGAAUUCAUGCACAAAACAGGGCUUCUAGGUCAAUUCCGCCAUGUGGCAGAUGAAGAUGUGGAGGUUGAUGCCAACAUAGACACGCUCGAUGGGAGCGGGCACUAG